AUCCGUUCGAUCACUGACAAUCCCCUCCAGUAGUAUGCUAUAUAUAGACCUCCACCUCCGUCUCUAGGAGAAUUUUAGAUUCUUCUUCCCCUGAUUUAUCCUCUCUUUUGGAGCACAACAGAGUCCGUCGAGAUGGCCCGUACGAAGCAAACUGCUCGUAAGUCAACGGGAGGAAAAGCUCCUCGGAAGCAGCUUGCAACUAAGGCUGCACGUAAGUCUGCACCAACCACCGGUGGUGUGAAGAAACCUCAUCGUUAUCGUCCUGGUACUGUCGCUCUUCGUGAGAUUAGGAAAUACCAGAAGAGUACCGAGCUUCUGAUCAGGAAACUCCCCUUCCAGAGGUUGGUUCGUGAAAUCGCUCAGGACUUCAAGACUGAUCUGCGUUUCCAGAGCCACGCGGUGCUUGCAUUGCAAGAAGCGGCUGAGGCAUAUCUUGUUGGACUCUUCGAGGACACUAAUCUUUGUGCCAUUCAUGCUAAGCGUGUAACUAUUAUGCCCAAAGACAUUCAGCUCGCAAGAAGAAUUCGUGGCGAGCGUGCCUGAUGUGGUAGGUUUGUAGUUGUGAAAAGGAGUGGCUGCGGAUGGUGUCUUGUUAUUCAAAUUUCGUUUUUUUUUUUCUUCUGAGGGUAGGUUGUUAGGGGGUAGGUGUUUACUCGUAGUGGCAUUAAUUGUGAAAUAGGCAAAUACUUCUAAAGGUGGUUACUGCUGUCUUUAUGGAAUUGGCUUGUAAUUGAAUUUUGGACAUAUUGGUCUGUCAAUGUUUUGUAUUCACGGGAUUGUGCAGCCAUGUGGUAAUUGUAUUGGACAACUUUCAGUUGCCUUCUAAUCUGGUUUAAAUUUAGUUUUCUGUGUUUGUGGGAUUA